AUGUCGCGCAAGCCCUGGCCGUGCACGCAGCAACAUCGCACAGUGGGAACCGCUAUGUCGUUAACGCAUCUCCGCUCAUCUAGGGCUACUAAAGCGGCCGCCGCGCAAACCAAUCAAAGGAAACGUGCGGCGGGGAAAAAGGCUGAGGUGGGAAAGAAGAAGUCCGGGAAGAAGGCGGAGGACAAGGGGAAGCAACCAACGGCACGCAAGCGUGUUUCGGCCGUGAAGAGCGAUGCGGGUGUUGCCACUGCUGCCCUCGAGCCCGGUCCUUCCGACGACGGCACCAUCGGCGGGAACGAAGACCCUGGGCGUGGCGGCGUGAGUGUUGCCGUCCGGCCGGGGGACAGAGAGGGCUUGGCGAGUGGAGGAAAGCACGGCGACUCGCCCGGCGACGACCAGGCCGCUACUGUGGUGUCCGAGGCUGAGGCAUCACAGCAGCAUCUGACGCUGCUUCCCCCGCCCGUGGUCAAAGUAUCUGCUGCAAUGAUAGAUAAGGAGAAGGAUGCUGCGCACGAUUGCACGGAGGAGCCGAAACACGACAUUGCCGACGUCGGUGGAUCUCCUCCCUCUGGGGGACGCGGGAGGCGUAGGCAGAGGAAGAGCGAUGGGGAGGAGGAGUAUGACACCCCCGUGGCCGAGGACAUCCCCAUACGCGCAAAGAGGAGGCAGACGACAGCCAGCGGUGACGACGCCGGUGGUGCUGAAGGCCGACCCGACCCGAGGAAACCAUCUAGCGGACGGAGGGCCAAGCAAGCUUCGGGGGGGAAGAGGCCGAAGCGCGGCAAAGAAGGCCCCGGUGAAGCGGAUGUUGAGGACGAGGGGGAUGGAGAGGAGGAGGCCGAGGAGGAUGCGGAGGAGGAGGACGAGGAUGCAGGGGAGGAAGAAAAGGACGAGGAUGAGCAGGAGGGCGACAAUGAUGAGGAGGAGGAGGAGGAGGAGGAGGAGGAGGAGGAGGAGGAUGGCGACGAGGGGAAGGAGAAGGAGGACGAUGAGGAUGAGGAUGAGGACGAGGAGGAGGACGAUGAGGGGGAUGACGAGCCUGAGGAGGAAAAGAGUGAGGAGGAGGAGGAGGAGGAGGAGGAGGAUGAGGAGGAGGAGGAGGAGGAGGAGGAGGAGGAGGAGGAGGAGGAGGAGGAGGAGGAGGAGGAGGAGGAGGAGGAAGAGGAGGAGGAUGAGGAUGAGGAGGAGGAGGAUGAGGAGGAGGAGGACGACGUGGAGGAAGAGGAGGUGGAGGAAGGGGCGGAUGAGGAAGAGGAGGAGGAGGAGGAGCCGGCAGGGAAAGGACGGGGCCCACGAGGCAGACGGGGGAGUGGCACAGGGAAGCGUGAUAGUGUGAGGGCACACGGGGCUGCUGCUGAAGACGUUGAUCCCCUUGGCCAGAGAGGGGUUUCUACACACCCUUUUCCGGAUGUCAUGGAUGCGCUGGGCGAAGGUGCAGAGCAUGGGCAGUUUGUUACACGAGACGAGUUCCAGCAGCUACGGUCUGAGAUGUACGCCAUGUUUGCUCAGCUCGGCCUGCGUCGUGGAGCAACUGCCAGCUAUGCCGCCGAAAAAGCACGCGUGCCAAUUUGGAACUUGACCCGAGCCAAGCCUUGUCGCGAGAUGUGUGUCGGAGCUCCUAUCAAAUGA